AUGGCUGUUGUUGAUUCAGGAAGUUGUUCUAGUUUAGAUAAAGUAGUUUCAAACGAUGACCUCUUACUCGAAAUUCUCUUCCGUUUACCUGUUAAGUCUCUGUUCCGAUUUAAGUCGGUCUCCAAGCACUGGCACUCUCUAAUCUCCAAUCCACCGUUAGUCCAUCUCCUGCGACAUCAUCGUCGCAAGCCUUCGGGCCUACUUCUUCACUGGAAGUCAUUCCUCUCCCUCUCAUAUCUCGAUUUCCUUCCUUUCAACAACAAUCACGCUCAUGAUCGGCCAUUCUUCCCCAAUUAUUAUGAUAUCCAUUACUUCACUUCCUGCAACGGUCUCAUCUCUUGGGUGGAUAGCAUCAACGUCUUUCACGUCAUGAAUCCCACCACUAGGCAAUUGAUCACCCUUCCCCAACCGCUCCUAUUUCGUCUUAGGAUCGAAGGAAUGACUUUGGCUUUCGAUCCUUCGAAAUCUCUUCACUACAAAUUGAUUUCUCUCUGGACCGAUUCCGCUCGCUUCACUAAUAAUCCACCUGCAUCCUGUUUCCAGAUCGAGAUCUACUCAUCAGAAACUAUAUCGUCGAGGGUCCUUGUAGACUUGAAUUUUACAUGGCCUUAUCGACAACGUCCCAAAUUCAGCAGAGGGACUUACUGGAACGACGCGAUCAUCUGGUUCUGCAACUACGGAGGUGAUUCUCUCUACUUGCAAAUCAAAGAGGAGCGACUCGGAACGAUUCCUCGUCUUACCACGAGUUUUCAAGAUGAAGGGAAAGAUAUCUGCUACGGGGAAUCAGGCGGGCAUUUUUACGUGGUUGAGAGAUCUUCUCCAUCUCCGAAUGUAGCGUUGAAAGUGAGUGAACUGAUGGCUGAUUUCUCAGGGUGGGUGACCAAGUAUAUUGCUGAACUGGGUGAAGACGUCGGGAGGGCAUUCCCUGAGAUGAUCGAGGAUCAGGGUCUGAUGACUAGAUUUCGUGUAUUGUCGAUGGUUUGGGGAGGAGGAGGAGGAGGAGAAGAACAACCGUACCUGGUGUUGUUGGUGCCGGGGGGGAAGAUGAUAAGGUUUAAUCUAGAGGACAAAAGGUUCGGGGAAGUUUGUGAUGUGGGAAAGGUGACAUGUAUGCAAGACGGGAAAAGAACAUAUGGAUCCACUAGAUAUACCUCCUGUAGACUAGAAGUUCAUCACUAUUUUCAUUCUCUUUUCAACGUCUUACCCUGACUAAAAAAACAGAGUUUUGGUUGGGGGUUCGGAGGGUGGAUGGCUGUCCCAUAAUUAACAUGUAAGACAUGUGGUGGUAGUGUGAUUUUUUAAAACCAAAUUAUCACUUUACUUUAGUUGUCAUUUAUAGUUCAUGUUUAAUGAGCAAUGAUAAAGAGAGCAACGGUUAGUUGUCAUUUAUAGUUAGUUAUGUUUAAUGAGUAAUGAUAAAAGAACCAUGAUGUGUGAGCACU